AUGCGCAGUCUGCAUGUUUUGUUGGCUACAACAGUGUGAUCUCUCUUAUGCACUCAAGUUCGAACUUCUUUUUCUGUAGUUUAGAUGAGUUUAACCGGAUAUGUUUUUUUAAUUUUUUUCUUGCUUUGAUCUGUGUUUGUAUGCGUUUGUUGAUUUUUAUGUGUUUGUUCUGGGAUCUGAGGCUUAUUGAGGAUGAAUAUACUAUCUUAUUAGUUGGCUAAGUAGGGUUUAGUUAGUUAAUUAAUUUUCACGCAAACUGCUUUUUAGUUUAUUGUUAUUAAGUGGCUUAAUUUUUCUGGCUUUUUUUAUAUUCUGUGUGGUCACUUUUUGGUGUUUAAUAAUUGGAAGAGAAAAUUGACCACUCUAAAAUGAAGUGCAAAAGCACUAAAAGAAGAAAAAUUGUCUUUUACUUUUGCUGUCUACCCCGCAUACUCAUGUUUCCUAUUUUGGAAAUGUAUAAUUUAAUUGCAUUAGACAUAUCUUGUCAUUAUUUGUUUAAUAUGGACCACCAUGUGAAUACCUCCAACUGCUCACUAAUCCCAUUCUUAAAUUGAGCAAAACACUUAAUUCUUGGUUGAUUUCGGUUGGUGUUGCCAAUCAUAGUCCUUAAAAUUUGAUCAUAGGGGCCACAGAGAUUCGUUAUUUUUCAAAUUACAAGCUAUAUUGGUUAGAUAGAUUUGAAUAUGGAAGCUCUCUGCGUGCUGUGUGGGGUAAAUGCUCUUAAUCGCGUGGAUAGAACCUCUCAAGUGUCGUGUAAGGUAAAUGCUCUUAAUAGUGUGAGCGUGAAGGGUUCGGUGCAGAUUAAAUGUUCUUAAUCAUGUGAGCUGAAAGCAACGUGAGGAGAAAAUGCGUUGCACUGAGCUUUGUUGUUAUCGCAUGAAUGAAAUGUGUCAUGUAGUUUCUGUACGAACCAGUUAAAUUUAUUCUGAGUACUGUGCUUGGUUGAUAUGAAUUUAAAUCAAUGUUUUCCUCUUUGUUCCUCUUAGAAAAAAAGGGACAUUUUAAUUGGAUAUAUUUAUUGAAAGAACCAAUUAAUUUCACACAGUCGUCUAUACUUCACUAGACUUAAAUCUCUGUUCUCUGCAACACCAACAACUACGGCAUAAACUUAACCCCAUGUGCUUCAGUUUGAUCAGGUUCGUUACAACUUAGAAACCCAACAUUCAAUCAAGGGUAGAUCGCACAAACAUGGGUGUUUCGGAGUCGGAAAUCAACUCUCAUGGCGAGGUGGAUUCGCGCUUGUUAUCGGACCAACAAGCGAAGAACCACUUAUUCUCCUCAUUAGGAAGACAAUCAUCAAUCUACUCUCUCACUCUUGAUGAGUUUCAGCACACACUCUGCGAGAGUGGCAAGAAUUUCGGGUCGAUGAAUAUGGAUGAGUUCCUCACCAGCAUUUGGACCGCCGAAGAAAACCAAGCCAUUAAUUCCAAUCUCACCAACACUACUACUACUACUAACAGCAACAACAUGAACAACAUUGAGGUGCACAUGCCUUUAGCCGAGGCCUCAGCAGAGAAGCGCAUUGCGAUACAGCCCAGCUUGCCGCGUCAAGGCUCGCUUACGCUGCCUGAGCCACUGUGUAGGAAAACAGUGGAUGAAGUUUGGUCUGAGAUACACAGAGGGCAGCAGGCAAAGCAGCAGAACAAUCACAACAGUAGCAUCGAUGGCGGUGUUCAGAGUUCUGAGUUUGCCCCUCGCCAGCCUACUUUUGGGGAGAUGACAUUGGAGGAUUUUUUGGUUAAAGCAGGGGUAGUCCGGGAACAGGAUUCAAUGGCGGCCACGGUGGUCCCUCCUCAGCCUCACCAGCAGCAGCAGUAUGGGAUGUACCAGAACGGCAACCAGGCCGUGGGACCCAGUUUUGUAAAUAGGCCUGUGAUGGGAAUGGGGGCUGCUGCCGCAGUAGGUGCUAGUACUAGCACUGCCGCCGGUAUUCCUAGUUACCAAACUAUACCGCAAAGUGGGGCUGCGGUUGUGCGAGAGUCCUCUGCGUAUGCUGCGAAUGGUAAGAGGAAUGGGGCGUACCUGGGGGUGGCGCCUCCACAUUCGGUUUGUUUUGGCGGGAGAGUGGUGAAUGGUGGUGGUGGAUAUGCAGCAGAGCAGACAAUUGGGAUGGCGGCUCCGGGGAGUCCCUUGUCUUCAGAUGGAAUGGGUACUAGUCAGGUUGAGAAUUCUGCGUUUCAAUUUGGUUUGGACAUGGGUGGACUAAGAGGAAGGAAGCGAGGAUUAGAUGGACCGGUCGAAAAAGUGGUGGAGAGGAGGCAGAGAAGGAUGAUUAAGAACAGAGAGUCUGCAGCAAGGUCUAGAGCUCGAAAACAGGCAUACACAGUUGAAUUGGAAGCAGAACUGAACCACUUACGAGAAGAGAACUCACACCUUAAACAGGCGCUGAGCUCGAGAGGAAGCGAAAGCAACAGUUUUUCGAGGAAAUGAAGAUGAGAGUUCAGAACAGGGCCCAGAAAGUGAAGGAGAAGCUAAGGGUGUUGAGGAGGAGUAAUAGUUGUGUUUUAUAAUGUGCAAUCUGAGAUAUGGUAAAUGAACGCAUAUCUCAUGUUUUUAGUUAGUCUUUGUACCUUUCUUUCAUUUUCCUGAAUAUGUUACUUUUGAGUAGCUUCCUAUACUUAAAAAAGAACUUCCAUGUUCGUCAUUGAGGACUCGACAGAACUGAAGCCCUCACCGAGGGAAGUCGAAACUGUGCAAGCUUAGCUCAAUGCUGAAACGGCUACAAGGUGAAGCAAGAGUGCUCCACUGCAAGAUAAGAUGAUGCCACAUUGAGAAUAAAUGUGAAUGAUUCCUGUACUAGGCAUGAUUAUAUACGUUUGUAGUUUUUGUAUAUUUCAACUUACCAGCUUCUGCAUUGUGAGCUUUCUAGAAUAAGUGCGUUUAUUAGCAUAAACUAAAAUUCUUCAGCAAUGUCAUUAUGCGUGCCAUCGAUGGAAA